AUGUCUAAGCUUAUAAGAUCACCCCCUGGACGUAGCAUGCAACAUACGUUAUCGGAUUCUGAUGUAUCCAGUAUAGUUCCGACACCUGCUACACCGUCUUACAUUUCUAAACGAAACAAAAGACAACGCGAGUCAAGCGACGAACAAUUAUCUUCAUUUAAAGAUGAAAUUCGAAAUAUGUUGGAUGAAUGGAAAAAUACACAAAAAUCUCUCAUAAACAAACUUGUCUCGGAUAUUGCAGAAAUAAAACAGCAAAAUAUACAGAUUCAGCGCUCAAAUAAAGAAAUUGAAAAAGCUCUUGAUUUCCUUAAUAAUCAGUAUGAAGAUAUGAAGAAGAAGGAACCUACUAAUAAGGAUGUGUUUCGAUUGAAUAGUAAAACGGGAAAAACUACAAUCGUCACUGAAUUCACAUCAGUUAUAGUGAAGAACAGUGUCAUCCAGGCAGCAAAAACGUUCAAUAAACAACAUCCUGAUCAGCGUCUCAAUAGUGCUAUGAUAGGAUUCAAAGAACAAGUAAGGCCAAUUUAUGUAUCUGAAGCUUUAACAAACAAAGGGCGAAGAUUAUUUUUCUUAGCAAGAAGCUACGCAAAAACUGAAGGCUACAAAUUUUGUUGGACUAGCCAUGGAAAAGUAUAUCUUCGUAAAACGGCUGAGUCACCUCAUAUUGAAGUCAAGGAUGAGACUCAACUACUAGAUCUGAAGAAACAGAACUGA